CAGGCUCUUCCUGCUGUGUGUAUGCGAGGUCUUACACAUAUUCGAAAGCACUGUUUGCUCUCAGCCUGAGGGAAGAUUAGUAAGGACCGGGUUUUUCUCUCAUCUGUUUAAACCGCACUUCCCCAUUCACACUGUAGGCCGGCACUAGAAGGGUUAAUUAGUGUGAAGAAUCCACUUGAAAUAGGACCAGAAAAUCUCUUAAGUGGUGUCUGGAGAAAAGGAAUUCCUUAAUUCACCCAACUGGGGAGUCAUUAUUCACUAUUACUAAGCAAAAUGAGUGGUGGAUUGGCCCCAAGUAAAAGUACAGUGUAUGUAUCCAAUUUGCACUUUUCCCUGACCAACAAUGACUUAUACCGGAUAUUUUCCAAGUAUGGCAAAGUUGUAAAGGUUACUAUAAUGAAAGAUAAAGAUACCAGGAAGAGUAAAGGUGUUGCAUUUAUUUUAUUUUUGGAUAAAGACUCUGCACAAAACUGCACCAGGGCAAUAAACAACAAACAGUUAUUUGGUAGAGUGAUAAAAGCAAGCAUUGCUAUUGACAAUGGAAGAGCAGCUGAGUUCAUCCGAAGACGAAACUACUUUGAUAAAUCUAAGUGUUAUGAAUGUGGGGAAAGUGGACACUUAAGUUAUGCCUGUCCUAAAAAUAUGCUUGGAGAACGUGAACCUCCAAAGAAGAAAGAGAAAAAGAAAAAAAAGAAAAUUCCUGAACCAGAAGAAGAAAUUGAAGAAGUAGAAGAAAGUGAAGAUGAAGGAGAAGAUCCUUCUCUUGACAGCCUCAGUCAGGCCAUAGCUUUCCAGCAAGCCAAAAUUGAAGAAGAACAAAAAAAGUGGAAACCCAGUUCAGGGGGUCCCUCAACUUCUGAUGAUUCAAGACGCCCAAGGAUAAAGAAGAGCACAUAUUUCAGUGAUGAGGAAGAACUUAGUGAUUAAAAUUAUAUUUAUUAUGUAAAUAUUU